UGACUCAACAGAAAGUGAGAAGCAACUCCGAAGACUGAAACAUUUCGGAUUUAAAACAAGGAAUAAUAACACAACACACACAACACAACACAGAGGGACCACAAAAAAGAAACAAAAUUCUGAGUUUUGAGCGAUGCGCUGCUGGCAGCAUGGCCAGAUGGUUCAAGGAGCACCUGGGAUUCAAAAGCACCAAAGCCUCGCCACCGGCGCCGCCGAAGCCGGACUACCGUCACUGCCACGCCGGCGCUGUAUCAGGGGCACCCGGCUACCACCACCACCACCAGCCCGGCUACCAGAGCGCCGCGCAGCCGGACAUUCUCGCCGCCUACAAGCUCCAGAAGGAGCUGGACUUCGAGGACCCGUACACGGCCGGAGGAAGCAUUCCCUUCUCUGGAGGAGGAUCGAGCUCCGUGGGCUCCUCGCCAGACGUCAAGUAUGUUUCGCCCAAACACCGGCUCAUUAAGGUGGAGACGGUGGAGAGGAGCACCGCGGUGCCCCAGGCAGCGGCUGCUGCUGUCGCUGUGACCGGGGGGCAGGCACCCGCAGCCGGCAGCAGCAGCAAGUCCCCCACGUCCCCUCCGGCCGAGGCGGAGAGUAAGCAGGAGAAGGUGGUCAUCCUGGAGGACUACGCUGACCCUUUUGACGCGGCGGAUCAGGGAGGGGCCACCCAGAGCAGCACGGAGAAGCCAGUGGAGAACGAUGGCUACAUGGAACCGUACGAGGCCCAGAAAAUGAUGGCUGAGAUCCGAGGAGGUCGCUGUCCAAAGGACGGUCCAGUUCGGCAGCUGCCGUUGUACGACACACCGUAUGAGCCUGCGGAAAACGGUGGGGAUUCAGACCCAGAGAGAGUCCGCUGUGGGCGCGAGAGCAGACUGCCCCAGGAUGACGAAAGGCCACCGGAGGAGUAUGACCAACCCUGGGAGUGGAAGAAAGACCGCAUUUCUAAAGCCUUCGCAGUAGAGAUUAAAGUGAUAAAGGACCUGCCGUGGCCCCCUCCUGUGGGCCAGCUCAACACCACUUCCCCGUUGGUGGAGGCGGCAGAGGAUCCGCCCCCACUGCCAUCCCAGCCCUCCCCUGGACAGAGCAGCUCAGCCACAGCCUGCAGUGACCAGCACCACCAGGUCCAGUUUGAGGGGGUGGACAAGUGUAGGAUGUCUCCCACUAAAGAGGGCAAAUCACGGCCCUCUCAGCGCCACUCCAGCGGCUGCCUGGUCAACACCAAGAUGAGCUCAGUGGAGCACUGCGGGACGCUGGGAGAGCGCAUUGACCCCACCAUGCCCCUGGAGAGUCAGUUCUGGUAUCAUGGAGCGAUCAGUCGGACAGAUGCUGAGUCAUUGUUGAGGUUAUGUAAAGAGGCCAGUUACCUGGUGAGAAACAGCGAGACCAGCAAGAACGACUUCUCCCUCUCACUCAAGAGCAGCCAAGGUUUCAUGCAUAUGAAGCUGUCGCGAACCAAAGACAAUAAGUACAUCCUGGGCCAGAACAGCUGUCUGUUCGACAGCGUGCCAGAAAUCAUCCACUUCUACUCCAGCCGCAAGCUGCCAAUCAAAGGAGCCGAGCAUAUGUCCCUCCUCUACCCCGUGGCCAUACGGACACUAUAGCCUGCUGGUAACACUUCAUCACAGAACGAAUGACAUAGCCAUUUAAAAAUGCUGUGUAGAUGCCCUUGAACAUGUUAUUUGGCCUGAAACAGAUGGAUAUAGUCUUUCAUUGCAACAGCCAGUCUUGCACCAGUGUACAUAAUGAGUUUGUUGAAAUAGAUGCCUUGACUGAUGUUGACAGAUUAUGAGGUGUUCAUGAAGCCUUUAUGAAUGGCUACUUGUACACAGUGCUACUGUAACACUACAGCCAAACAGGUGAAGGCUAGACGUCUUCACGGGCCAAGAUGUUCCUCACUUUGGUGGGACGUCCCAUGUUUGGGUCCCCUCAGCUCAGUGGACUAUGGAACCAACAAACACUGACCACAGAGCAGACUAAUGCGGCUAAUUAGCACCUUUUGUCUGCUCAAAUCUCUGUCUAAUCUCAGAACUGUUUCUUCUCCCUCUCUUCUCACAUUGCCUGUCCACAUGGACCUAUAGCCCCCGACCUUAGACCUGCACCCACACUUUAGCCUCAUUGACUGUCCUCUUUUCCAGCAUCAUGCACACUGUAAUAAAAAAUCAUGCUAAAUCAUUGUGGAAUGGCCACUUCUGAAUGACAUGAACUGAAGUGGUGCAAUACAUUUGUAAUACUAGUGUACCGUUCAUAAUGCUAGCCACCAUCCAGGUCACAAAAUUAACUUAAUGACCUACAUUUUAAUGACAGUUACCUUGAUCAAGAGUCUUGCAUUGCUGAUUUCUUAAAGUUCAGCUGUGGUGAAUGCUGACACACAUUCAAGUUGUCGAUCAGUACCAACCCACACUGCUUGGGCCGUGUUGACCUCUGAAAGGGUCCUUUGUAUAACAGUACUGAAGCUCCAAAAUUGGGCGAAACUCUCAUUUAGCAGUCAUUGCUGAAUUGCAAACUACACUAAAAUGAAAAAUUUUUUUCAUUGCCAGUUUUUUGGCCCACCUCGAUUACAAAUAUUUCUCAAUAAGAACAUAAACUGCAAAUGUGACUUGAUGUAUUUUGGCCUUGUCCGAGAAAUCUCUUUGUCCACAUAAGGAUGCAAAAACGACUCAAAAAUGCUCACAUGAGCAUGCUGGCCCAGUGGGGUGUGAUAAUACAUUGUAAAUAACUGAUGUCAAACAUCUCAAGAAGAAUGCAGUGAGUCCCUUUAGAGGACCUAAACACAGUAGAUUUUGACGCCUAUACACACAACAGUGUAAAAAAAUAGAAAGUAAAAUUCAAAAUAAAGGCGUUAAUAAAAACCUCAAAAUGCCGAGCACACAGGAAGUCGUCAGCCGUAACAGCAACAACCAGGCGCAAAUUAAUUUCAGAAUGUCAAUUUUCAAAAAGCUGUUUUCAGUGAGCAAAAAAGAUGUUUUCUUUUGUAGACAGGAGGCCAAAACACAGAGGAAAAAAUACAUUUUUAAUGAAAAAUAUCUGGACAUAUGGGGACGGGCCCUUCGCCUCGAUGAAACCACAUUAAUCUCUAGUGCCGAAGUAUGAGAAUCCACCACUCUGAUUAUCUGGACAUCCUGAUAAGAUUCUUACUGUGUAAUUGUCAUCCAAGUAAUGAGUUCUGAAUGGUGACAGUGAAGAAUAUCAUAAUUGGUAUUUCAUCGUGAAAUGAUAGAACGGAAUCCAACUGAAUUAAUACAGUGUCCCUCAUUCUGAGUAAGAGAAUGCAAAUUAUUGAAGUGUCUUCAUUUGCUCUAAAAGGAACAUUCUCUUCUGAUCUGUUAGAAAUGAGAUUGUGUGAUCGUGUAUUGGGUAACGCAAGCAGACAUCACUGGUUGAAUGCACCUGAUUGAAUGCAACAUAUUUGACCCAAGUCGUCCUAUAAUGGUAAAGAGGACCUGAACUGCCUUGUGUGGCCCAGCCAAGCGUGAAAAAGGACCUUUUAGUAGUUUUAUAAAAAUGAGCCACUUUACAUUCAAUCCCCCCAGCUUAGGAUGCUCUUGACUAGGGAGAAUGAAAUAUGUCUGCAUUGUCUACCUCAGAAAAAUCAAUUUAAUUCACCCAUCAGCCGAUCGAUAAGGUACAAUAAGAUUGCAGAUAUUGAUCCAGCUCCCCCCUUCCUCUCAUCAAUUUCCACAAAAUUGUACCUGUGGUUUAAGAACAGUUGCUUUUUUUUUUUUUCUUGCCUAAACUCAAUCAAAAGUUGACGUGUACUUGUGUUCUCCGGAGGUUGUUUUAUGAACGUCAUUUGUAUGUAAAGUCACUCUGUACUCGUAUGUGAUGCCAGUGACAUACGUUUGGUUCAUGCCUUAUACUGUAAAUGCAUGGUGAAAAAGCGAUUCAGUCCAGUAUGUCAAAC